AUGCAAUUACUUGAUGGGAUGAACAGCAUUGGAAACUUUGGGGAUAUCAUGGCCCACAAGUCAGUCUUUGAUACAGUCCUUGAAAACAAGCAGAAGAAGCUUACUGCCUCUAAGUCUCUUUUUAAAGUAGAUUAUGCUGAGAAAGGAUCAAAUAUGAGAAACAAGGAAGAUAGCACAAUGUAUUGUUUUGAAGUGUUCCUGGUUGAUCUUGAGGAGGGAGAAGCUGAUGGAGUGGCCCUUGAAGAUCUUUUCAUAUUCAUUACUGUUGUAGAAUCACCCCCAUCGCUUGGCUUUGACUUGCCUAUAACAAUACAAUUUUAUGACUUUGUUGGGAAAGAACGUAGACGCCCAUCCUCAUCAACCUGCUGCCUGACACUGGAUUUGCCCAGGGGUAUGGAGGAUCCAGAAAAAAUCAAAAGCCUUAUGAGAGAUUCCAUUCUCUAA